AUGAAUCGUACAGAUCUGCGUAGCCUUGCGCCGAAGAGAAGCCAAACAGCGGACAAGACGACGGAGGAUCACAAAGCGCAGAGCGAAGACGCCGACGAAGAAAGGGACCGGGAGACAAGGGGUGAGCACGACCUAGAUCAGCCGAUCGAAAGCAUCGCCGCCGUGACAGGAAGGGAGAAUGGAUUGAACCUUGCAGAUUUUAUGGCCGCCCUUUCUAAGAAUGAAGUGGGUAAAUACAUUGGUAAAAUGGCUCGCCUUACUGAAGAAGAUCUCCUCCGUUUUCGCCGUGAACAACAGGCCGCCCGUGAAAAAAGGAAUCCUUCAAAGUCUGUUGCCGACCAAGACACCAGCCAUUCUGGCACAGAAGUUGGUCGCCCCGCCAAGAAAAAGAAAAAGACUGAAGAACCUGCCUCUCAGAAGAACAAAGCUUCGAACCAGACUUCCUUAGAGCAAUUUAUGAACAGAAAUGACUCGCCAGGGGCGAAUAAAGGCUGCUCAUCAAGCGCUCCGCCUAUUUGCUGGAAGAACUUGCUGAAGGAGUUUGAAGAACUGACCUCCACUGAAGUAACUUCACUUUGGGAUUCAAAGAUAGAUUUCAACUCUCUGGUGGAGACAAACUUGGUUUUUGAAGCUGACCGUGAGAAGAUGAGGAAGAUGGGUUUAAAAGAGGCCUGCCAAGCUAUGAUGACCAAAGGCUUAGAAAUUGCUGCAGUCGCCAAGAUGAUUGACCUAGAAUCUAAUGGAUUCGAUGGCCUCACCAAUGCCAAACUUGUUGAAGAAAAAGAAAAAGAAAUUGGGAAGCUGAAAGCAACGUUGAAGUUGUUAGAUAAAUCCAACAAAGUGAAUGAGAAAAAGGCUGCUGAUUUGGCUGUAGAGAUUGAGGAUGCGAAGAAGACUGCUGAAAAUUACAAAGCUUCUGUUCAGACACUAACUGAGGAAAAUGACAAAGUGAAAACUGACCUCGCCCAAAUAACUACUGUUCAUAACCAAACCCUGGAUGAGAAUUCUAAAAUGAAAACAGAAAUUGCUGAAUUGCAAUGUUCUGUUUUGGAUCAAUUUGAGGCUGGCUUCGCCAAAGCACUAAAUCAAAUCUCUUUUCUCAAUCCUGACCUGGCGAUCAACUUGGAGGGUGCAAACCCUUAUGCUCGUAUCUGUUGCAUGACUAGGGCGAAUCCUGGGUUUUUGCAUCCAUUUAUUUCUGAAAUAGAUCAAGAAUUUCAUAGAUUAAUUAGAGCACGUAGAGCUUUUGUUACUGAUCCUCAUUUAAGUGAUUCUGAUUCUGACCUUGAUUUUGAUUCUGAAUUUGUUGCAGUUUCUGAAAACAUGGCUGAAGAAGGACCGCGAGAGAGAACACUAAGGGAGCUGGCUGCACCUGAUUUCACCUACGAAAGCUUGUGUAUGCAGUAUCCUGAGGAUGUACCAUGUGUACUCAAAACUGGACUAAUCCAUUUAUUGCCUAAGUUUGGUGGUCUUGCAGGUGAAGAUCCUAAUAUGCACAUCAAGGAGUUUCGUACUGUCAUAUCCACCAUGAAGCCUCCUGAAGUUGACAAAGAUCAUAUCUGUUUGAAGGCUUUCCCUCAUUCCCUUCAGGGAACUGCAAAGACCUGGCUGUAUAACCUACCUCCUGCAUCAAUUGCAAGCUGGGACGACCUGAAAAGAAUGUUUCUUGACAAGUUCUUCCCUGCCUCUAGGACAACUUCAAUCAGAAAAGACAUCUCAGGAAUCAGGCAGCUACAUGGAGAGACUCUAUAUGAAUACUGGGAAAGAUUCAAGACACUAUGUGUGAGCUGCCCCCAUCACCAGAUUUCCGACCAGCUCCUAGUUCAGUAUUUCUAUGAGGGUCUGCACAACAUGGACAGAAAUAUCAUUGAUGCUGCUUGUGGAGGCGCAUUGAAUGACAUGACUCCUACUGAAGCCAGGCGUUUGUUUGAGAAGAUGGCUGCUAAUUCUCAGCAGUUUAACACAAGGAGUAAUGAUGCUGUUAGAAGUGUUAGUGAGGUUGGGACAGAUCCAAGGAUGGACAAGCUUGAGAAGAGGAUGGAAACCAUUGCCACCUUGGUUACUCAAUUGGCCAUGAACCAGAAUAAACCUUCACAACAGGCAAAGGUUUGUGGCAUUUGCACUAAAGACCAUAAUACUAAUGUUUGUCCUUCUCUACAGGAACCUACAACUGAGAAUCCUGAAGCAUAUGCUGCCAACAUUUUCAAUAAUCGACCUCAGCAAAAUUAUGAUCUGUCAUCUAACAGAUAUAACCCUGGCUGGAGAAAUCAUCCAAAUCUUAGAUGGCAAUCUAAAGAAUCUUCAUUGGAGAAUAUGUUGAAGCAGAUGACAGCCCAAAACAUGCAGUUCCAACAAGACACCAGAGCUUCCAUACAAGACACCAGAUCCUCCAUUCAAAGGCAGGAAGCAUCUAUUCAGAAUCUAACCAACCAGAUAGGACAGAUGGCUACUUCAAUAAACCAGCUACAAUCCCAUAAUUCUGAUAAGCUGCCCUCUCAGACGGUUGUCAAUCCAAGAAAUGUGAGCGCCAUCACCCUAAGGUCGGGGAAGCGAAUUGAUGCAGACCAUGAACCAGAUCCUGACCCUGAAAAGGAGACAGAGACCAUUGCCACAAGAACCUUCCACGUACAACCACCUUCCAUUCCUCUUCCAUUCCCUCCGAAAGCUAUGCCAAGCAAAAAGAAGGAAGAGGUAGAUAAGGGAAUCUUGGAGAUAUUCAAGAAAGUGGAGGUGAACAUACCUCUACUUGAUGCACUCAAGCAAAUUCCAAGAUAUGCGAAGUUUCUGAAAGAAUUAUGCACUCAGAAAAGGAAGCUGAAAGGAAAUGAAAGAGUUCGCAUGGGGAGAAACGUUUCUGCAAUCAUAGGUAAAGCUGGUAAACCUGCUCCGGUUUCUGAUGUUCCUGAAAAGUGUGAGGAUCCAGGUACAUUUUCUGUUCCUUGUGUCAUAGGUGAUACUAAAUUUGAGAGUGCCAUGCUAGAUCUAGGAGCUUCAAUUAACGUAAUGCCUAUGUCUAUUUUUAAAUCUCUUUCACUUGGACCUUUGAAACCUACGUGUGUUGUCAUCCAAUUAGCAAAUAGGAGCACUGCACACCCUGCUGGUUGGGUAGAGGAUGUCUUGGUUAGGGUUGGUGAACUUGUUUUCCCUGCUGAAUUUUAUGUGCUUGAAAUGGAAAAAGGAUCUUCCCGUAAUACAGUUCCUAUCAUUUUGGGGAGACCAUUUUUAAAGACAGCCCGAACCAAGAUAUAUGUUUAUGCUGGUACACUAACUAUGGAAUUCAAUGAUAUUGUGGUUAGGAUAAACAUUUUUGAUGCUAUGAAACAUCCACCUGAAGACUAUUCUGUGUUUUAUAUUGAUUUGCUUGAUGAACUGCUUGAUGAUAUGCUUGAUGAACAUGAAUCUGAUUUCCUACAUGAUUCUGAUUAUCCUUCCCUAACUGGGUCAUACACUUGUCAUACAUGUACUGCUACUGAAAUGUGUUAUUCUUGCAUUGAUCAAUUUUUGGACACUGUUGUUGUUGACUCAGAUGUUAAGAAAUCUGAUUGCACUAACCCAGUUGUUGAAGUGCAGGCUGCAGAAACUGUAUCUGCUAGUUUGGUUCCAUCUGUUUUGUAG